AUGGAUAAAGAACAAAACAAAUUUUCUUUACUAUCCAAAGUGUUAAAAUUGGGUAUUUUUGAACAUAUUUAUGCAAAAAGUAAUCCUUGUUCCGAAGCGAAUUCACCAAGAAAAGUAUCACAAAGUCCACCGAUUGAUAAAUGUGCCGGAGGAGACGCACCGCCUCAAAAGAAAUGCACUUGCAGUGUAUCUGAGGAUGCAAAAAGUACCGCAGGAAAUCGAGGUAAAACAGGAGCGGGAGUAACUGGAUCUAGGACAGGACACGCUAGCGAGAAAGAUUCUGAUAACCUACCUAGUGGAGCGGUUAGUCCUGGUCUACUUCGGCACAUUCAUAAUGCAGCCAGAUACAGACUACCGCAGUGUUUCGAAGGAGCAUGCGUUUCCGUUAAACAAAACUCGAACACCAAUUGGGUGUUGGGUCACUCACUAUCGUUCAGCUCGGUUUCGCCUGGUGGCUAUAAAGUGCUAUUGUCAUACAUCGACAAAAGCAAACCUUCAGCCCUUCCGUAUUUUGUGAUGGAAGCAGCUCCUGGAGGUCAGAUGAGCUGUGAAGUGCGUGUGGGGCCCACACAGGGCACACGUGCUACAGUUGUGGCUCAAAUAGCGAAUGCAGAGUUGUACAGUUUCGAAAGCAUCUUAGAUGGCUACUUCAAUAAUUUUACGACAUCAAUCAUUGCUGUUAAUCGGGACUUUAUUGCUCUUCAUUAUUUACAAGCAGUCACUGAGCAAAUAUCCCUGGGGGCUGAGGUGGUAGCGCGGGGCCAUUCAGCCGAGCUGAGCUCCGUGUCGGCUGCUGGUCGGUGGUUUAGUGAGAGCCAUUCUGUCAGUGCUACUCUCGGCAACAGAGGUCUAGAUCUGUGUUACGCAAGAGCCAUUAAGCCUUACCUAACAGUUGCUGCGAUGUUAGAAGUCGGAUUUGCAAUUCGACGUGCAGUAGCUACUUUGGCCUACGAAUGGCGAGCAGAAGAAUGGACAGUUCGAGGUUCUGCUGAUACCGACGGACUGGUCGGAGCCACAUUGCAGAGAGCGCUCGGAGGCAAGAAAGCUCAGCUUGCUUGCGCUAUUUCAGCACUCUUGAAUCAUCCUAAUGAUAAAUUUCGGCUCGGCUUUGGUGUUACGGCCGCAAUUGUUUGA